AUGGCAGCACCACUAGUUGACACACCCCACGUGCAGGCUUCCACGACAUACACCGAAGCUCGUGAGGGAGCAGCUGCAUACCUACAAUCACGACUUACGGCAAGAGCCCCUAUUACAGACGAGGAGUUCGAGGUACCCAUUAUUGACGGAUCGCCAUCAUUCUCUGGUACAUUAGCUGAACGGCAAAGCGUUGCAAAACAGAUCCGGAAGGCAUGUACAACCUCGGGUUUCUUCUAUAUCACCAACCACGGCGUGCCUCGUACAGCGCGUGAUGGCAUCCUGCAACAGGCUGAACGCUUCAUGCACGAACUGCGUUCUGAGCAGAAAGAGAAGUUACACACGAAAAGAAAGACCAAAGAGGUGUUCAACUUUUCGUAUGAAGCAGCCAUGGACAAGUCGGGCGGGGAUGGCAAAUACGUUAACUUGGACGGGACGACAGAAAAUGGGAACCUGUGGCCAAAGGAAGAAGACCUGCACGGCUUCUACGAUGCGGUAAAGGAAUACUAUGGUGCAGUCCUCGGCCUGGCACGCCAUCUCUUCCGCCUUUUCGCCCUAUCUUUGAACCUGAAAGAGACCUAUUUCGACCCCAUGAUCACGCAUCCCGGUGGCAUAGCCCGUCUUCUCUACUACCCACCACCCAAAAGCUCUCCCCCGCCAAUCCCGUCAUCUUCAUCUGAAGAACAGAUUGGUCUUGGCGCCCACUCAGACUACGAAUGCUUCACUCUCCUACUCUCCUCCUCAGUGCCCGGUCUCGAGAUCCUCAAACCCUCCGGACACUGGCACAUCGCAUCUCCACCACCUGAAGCGUUCAUCGUCAACGUCGCGGACUUUUUGAUGCGUUGGACGAACGGGAUGUAUAAGAGUACAGUGCAUAGGGUUGUGAAUAGGGGAACAGAGGCAAGGUACAGUGUGCCGUUCUUCUUCAGUGUGAAUUACGAUACACUGGUUGAGACUUUGCCAACCUGUCUUGCUGAAGGGGAGGAGAGCAAGUGGAAGCCGAUUAGAGCUGGGGAGUACAUUCUGGAGAGAUUGAACGCUACGACGAAAGACGGUGUGGGGUUCUACGGCAAUUCGAACAUCGCCGAUAGAGCAUAG